GUACACGUAAUAAUAUUCGAUCACACACACAAUGAGACACCAUCAUCAUCAACAAGAUAAAAGUUUACACUUUCAUGAAUCCAGAUUAAAAGAAGCCACCGGAAAGAUGACUCAUCUUUACCGGAGAAUACUCAGGGUAGAUAUAAAGUGGAGCUUUUUACUGCAAAAAGUUACUGUUCUUAAACAAGUAUUAAGAUUUAUUUGGGAAAGAUUGUUUCUUGCUUGUUCUCAUCUGGGAGGAAAACCGGUGAGGUACCGGAGAUUGUCUCGCCGGCGGUCAAGUUUUCAGGUGGACGACGACGGUGGUUUUGAUAUAGAGAACCCACCAAGUAUUAAUAUGAAUAUCAAUACAUGCAUUGAUGAUGAUGAUGAUGAUUCAGAUUUAGUUAAUAUCAAGAUUAGUUUAUUGGGUGAUUGUCAUAUUGGAAAAACAACUUUCAUGGUUAAAUAUGUAGGAGAUAAACAAGAAAAUUGUAGCUUGGAGAUGGCUGGUUUGAAUCUAAUGGACAAAACUCUGUCGUUUGGUGGAGCAAGAAUUGCUUGUAGUAUAUGGGACGUUGGAGGUGAUAGAAAAUCAAACGAUCAAGUUCCGAUAGCUUGCAAAGACGCCGUGGCAAUUUUGUUUAUGUUCGAUCUAACGAGUCGCUGCACCCUUCACAAUGUACUAGGAUGGUAUAUGCAGGCAAGAAAAUGGAAUAAGACUGCAAUUCCUAUAUUAAUAGGGACCAAAUUUGAUGAUUUUGUAAGGCUACCACCAGACCUACAAUUGACCAUUGUGACACAGGCACGAGCAUAUGCCAAGGUUAUGAAAGCAACAUUGUUUUUCUCGAGCGCAAGACACAAUAUUAAUGUGAACAAGAUCUUCAAGUUUGUCAUGGCUCGGCUUUUCGACUUACAAUGGUCUCUUCAACCGAAUCUAACCUUAGGGGAACCAAUUAUCGAUCUUUACUAGCAAGUGCGCAUCAUAUAUGUCUUACUUGUAUAUAGUCUUAACAUUUGGAACCAGUUGACCUAUAUCAGCCAGGUCUUGACUCAUCAACCAUACGUAACUUGACUGCGUGUGAUCCGAUCUUGUCUAAGUUGACUUUACGUGACUUUCAGCCGCCUAGCGUUUGCAUAGGACAAGGCGCUGACGAAAGAAGAUAAACUAAGCAAAGAAUAUAGUUACAAGUAAAGUUUUAUUUUUUGUAAUCUGGGUAAAUCUGGUUGACACUCUAUUUUGUUCUUGUAUACCAUACUAUUAUUGAAGAUUAGUAGAUUACCAUUUUUCUUUUGUUUUCACUUGGGUAUUGGAAUAAAUAGUAAAGUAAGCGUUGUUUGAUU